AUGAAAGGAAGAAAAGAUAUGAAACAAAGUUUUUCUUGUCAAGGUUUAGUUUUUGUUCAUUGGGAUGGUAAAAUUCUUCCUGAUUACCACUACUUAACUAAAGUAGAACAUUUAUCAGUAGUAGUUUCAGCAGAUGGAAUAGAAAAGUUAUUAGGAGUACAGCAAAUGAAGUCGGAAACGUACUUCGAGAAUGGAAUCUGGUGGAUAAAGGAAAGCUCUCAACGAUCGCUUGACGGAAAACUGCAAGAUUUAGAAAAUACAAUUUUGGAUAUAACAAAGUGCCCUCCUGAAAAAAUAGAUGAACUUCAAAGAACCAUCAAGGCGUUCAAAGUGGUUUAUAAACGAAGAUGGCUCGCGUGUAAUUAUAUUGAAGCCCGUUUCCUGGAAAAGUACGAAGAAUGGCUUAAUGAAGAAAUUGAAAUACCUACUGAUUCAAUUCCCGGCAGCUCCAAAGGUCGCCCAAGUAAAGAAUUCGGGGAAUCAAGUGACCGAUCAAAGCGUCGUAAAACAAUGGAACUUAGAUAUAUUGGGACAGUUGACGAACUCACAUACGCGGCCCAGAUGACUCAAAGAGCGGCAGGAAAUAUUGAUGUUGCAAAAGUGAUACAAGAUGUGACCAAAAGUCCAACCAGGGCUACGAAGUUCCGAAAAGCAGCUAUCAUUGGUAGUAAAACCAUGACUACCAAGAAACAUACACCUGAAGGUGCUUUGGGCAUAUUCGUCGAAGCUAAUUUGACUGUUAGUCAAUAUAAGGUAAUUCGUCAGGCCAACAAAGAUGUAUAUCCGUGCUAUACCUACGUACAGAGGGCCAAACAAGAUUGUUACCCACCAAAAAACGUCAGCGAGACUGUUGCAGAGGUGAAGCUCCAAGAUUUGGUGGAUCACACAACAUCACGAUUGUGUAAAUAUUUAGAGCCUGUUUUUCAACAAUCCAUCCAGAGUACAGACACAGAUUUAGUGCUUAUAUAUAAGUGGGGGUGUGAUGGAUCCACUCAAACACAAUACAAACAAAAAUUUGAGGAAGACGGAAAUAGUGAUGCAAACAUAUUUUUAAGUUCCAUUGUGCCCCUUCGACUUAUGUCUGGAAAUAAAAUUAUAUGGCAGAACAUGCAGCCAUCAUCACCAAGAUAUUGCAGGCCAAUACGGAUACGUUAUGUAAAAGAAGACAAAGACAUAACGAAUGAAGAAAUAGAAUACAUUGAAAACCAGGCCCUAAAUCUUCAAGCAACGAGGGUGUGCAACGCAGCCACUAACACUUCAUCAACAUUGCGCUGCUAUAUAUGUGGUAAAACUUCAAAAAGUUUUAACGAGUUGACGUCCACAAACCCAGAGAAUCCUGAGACGUUCAAAUUCGGGCUGUCAAUUUUGCAUGCUAGAAUAAGGUUUUUUGAAUUUUUGCUGCAUCUCUCUUACAAAAUAAAGGCAGAAGUUUAUAAGGGUCGUAUCAAAGAGAAAAGUGACCGGGGAAAAAUCCAAGCAGCCAAAGAAACAGUACAAAAAGAAUUUCACGAUAGAAUGGGCUUACUGGUUGACAUUCCGAAAGCUGGGUACGGCAAUACCAAUGAUGGAAAUUCGUCAAGAAGAUUUUUUAAUAACCCACAAGAAGCAGCUGAUAUUACAGGGGUGGAUUUAAUAUUAAUUAUUUACUUUAAAGUUAUAUUAGAAGUAAUAUCUUCAGGAUUUGAUAUAGACCUCAAAAAAUUCUCGACCUUCACGAUGAAUACAGCAAAUCACUAUGUAAAUUUGUAUCCCUGGCAACCUAUGUCACCUACAGUGCAUAAAAUUUUAAUGCCGUCCAGUGUCCAGUGUCAUAGCCCAUGCAUUACUGCCAAUCGGCCAAUUGUCCGAAGAAGCAGCGGAAGCUAG